GACAGUAGAUGGCAGACUACAUUUCUCCCUUUCAGGUUAGUCUUGCCAGUGUUAGUCUGGAUUACCUGAACAGCUAGAGUUAAUAUGGAUAAAAAGAAGAAACCAUACAAUAUUACAGCGUCAUCGCUGGUUGAUUUGAAAGCGGAAUUAUAUAGGAAACAGGAACAAUUUAACCACGACCGACUUGGCCAAGAUGUAGGAGCCGCACAGAAGCCUAAGAUAAAAAUAAAAAAGCCCAAUAUCUGGAGCAAACAGAAUGAAGGAGUCAAUGUACGAGCACAGAGGGACGUUCAUCAAACUGCAGAGGAAGAAAACACACUCGAUAAAUCCAGGCAAAAAUUGGAGGAAAAGUCACGUCUUUAUGAACAGAUGACAAAAGGAGAUUUCCCAGAUGAAGAGACUGAAAGUCUUUUUCUGGUGGACUUCACUCAGAAGAUCAUCAACCAGAGAAAUGAACCACAGACACGCACUGCAAAUGUAGCAGGGGACCGAGAUGGAGAGGACUCUGAUGUGAACAUCCCUGUUCCACCCCCACAGAAUGCAAAUGAAGAAUGGGUGGACUAUGUGGAUGCAUUAGGACGCUCUCGAAGAUGUCUGAGGAAAGACCUACCAGAUUUUCAGAAAAUGGACCAAGAACUCCAGAACAAUAGGGUGACUGGUGUUGACAGGACACUGUUAUCUGAGGACAUGAGGAGAGAAAUGCAGAGAGAGCAGUGGGAGAGAGAGGAAGAGGAGCAGAUGAAGAAACCUGUUGGACCCAUUCACUUUGAAAAUAUUAGAGAGCAAGAGGCCAGAGAGCUGGGCGUUGGAUAUUUUACUUUUGCCCAGGAUGAGGACCAACGAAGAAAACAGAGAGAAACUCUAGACAUGCUGAGAGACCAGACCACAGAGCAGCGCCACAAACGUGAGCAACUGAAUGAGAAGCGGAAAGCUCUGCUUGAAGCUCGACUUGCUAAAGUGAGGAUGAGGAGGAUGAAGACAAGCAAGCCGGGGCCAGGGGAUGAAGAAGAGGCUGCUGCUGAUGAUGCUGAGAACGAUGAAGAUGAUGAUGAAGGUUUGGUUGGACCUCCAGCCCCUGCUACAGUGCGGAAAGUAGAAGUGGAGAUUCAAGAGAGAAAAGACACCAAACCUGGCGUUCCCCACGUAAGAGAGUGGGACAGAGGCAAAGAGUUCUCCUGGGGUCAGUGGACCAGUCGUCGUAGAGAGGAGCGAGACUCAGAGUUUGCUCCUCCUCCUACUUAUUACACAGAUGACAGAAAGGCCAAUCACAACAGAGCCAUAUACAAAGGGCAGAGCAAAGGAAACCUUGCCUUCAAGUGGUCUGAAUCCCAAAAGUCCACAGACGGAGACACAGAGUGCAUAUCUACCACUAGACAACCUUCUGACAUACCCACAUGUGCACAACCUGCUCAAACACAGAGUCUGGAUGACCUGUUAUCGUACUACAAACACUCCACGUGAAAGUUCAAGUCUGAAAAUCAUUUGGGGAAACUAAGGGAUGUGGCAAGCUGCAUCAGUCUGGAUGCAUGUCAGUCGUAAGCAGCAGGAACAGUAACAUUUUGUACCAAAAUGUAACUGAAUUGCAAAGUUAGAAUAAAGAAUGACCAGAUUUUUGUUUGAUUUUUGUG